AUGAGUGAUGUGUGCGAGACACAGAAGGAGAGGAGGGCUUUUCGCCGCAUGAGGUCUAUUUAUCAGGUUCAUUACGGAUUGCCACCGCAAACCGACGAGAUGUCGGCGAAGCCCUUAACCUUUCCGAAUGACCCUGACGAAGUUCGUGCUUACGCUCUGCAAGUGGCCGGCCAUCAGUCCACUGAAGACACAAAAUACACAGGUCUUCUUCAAUGCUGCAAUGGGAGAGUCCUAAAGCCGAUCCUCAAGGAGUGUCAAAAGCGCGAGGUUGAAUUUUACGAGCGUCUUGCUACCACCAGCGACCCAGAUCUGAUACAGCUUCGCAAGUUUGUGCCCAAAUACUUCGGAGUGAAGAAGUUCACGUACAACGGCCACGAGCAGGACUACAUAAUACUAGAGGAUCUCACUGAAAGGAUGCUGGAGCCUUGCAUAAUGGAUGUCAAGAUUGGCAAAAGAACUUGGGAUCCAUUAGCCACCGUAGAGAAGAGAAAAAAGGAAGAUAGCAAAUAUAAAAUGUGCAAGCAGGAGUUCGGGUUCUGCAUCCCAGGCUACCAGGUGUACAAGUUGUCUACGGGCAAGCUGCAAAAGUACAAUAAAGAGUACGGAAAAAAAUUGCAUGGAGAAAUGGUGAUAGCUGCAAUCCGAAACUACCUGAACACGAGUGGCGCGAGCGGUGCUGCGUGUAGAGCGCUGCUGCUGCAGCAGCUGGUCGCGCUGUGGGCGCUACAGCGCUGGGCCGCCACGCCGCGCGCGCUUCGCCUGGUGGCGACCUCGCUGUUGCUGGUGUACGACGCCGCGCGGCUGCGGCACGCCGCCGGAAACCUCAGUUCGUGUACCCAGCAACCAAUAAUGCGAAGGAAAUCUAUUCACUCCACAUACAACCCAACUGUGGGCUCAAAUUUCAGCGGACAAAUCAGCUCCAACGGUCCCGUAUAUAAAAAAGUUAGCGCGGUACCGCUUUCUUCCAUGGCUGAAGCUCAGAACUACUUCGCUCCUCCACCCCCCGUCAACUCUCCGUGGUCUGAGGCUUUGGAGAAACUGAAUCACUGCCACUCCUUUGAGCACAACUAUGAGGAUAAACUUUCGAAAAUUAAAAUGAACUACAGGGCAGUUUUGGACCAGUUGUCGAUUGAAAGAGAGGCUUUUGGCAGCGAUUCAGUCAAAGCUGAGCCUUCUGUCAACGUACCAUUUGUAUCUCCUACUUGCGCAACCAGCAGCGCUCCAAGAAGGCAAAGAUUAUUUGAAGAGCUUCCAUCUGAUGAUGAGUUUGAAGAUGCUGAAGAAAACCCCGAGCUUCAACAGUCAGUGUUUCCUCUGUCUCUGAUGGAUGCACUGGCUGUAAGCUCCUGA